UAUCCUCCAUCCCUUUCAGACCAAAAAAAAAAAAAAAAGAAAAAAACUAUCCUCCAUCCCUUUAGCUUUAACCCUUCGACCACAAGGGAAUGAUUCGUAAUUUGACUCAGCAGUCACGUGGUCGCUGUCCAUUUGUCUCCAUCCCCAUCCAUCCUUUGCCGCUCGUCGAUCCAUUCAAAAAUUUUAAGAUCCACAGACAAACAAACAAACAAUUUGCAGACUUCUGCACUACGCCCAUUUCCCAUUCGAUCUUUCUAGAAACUUUGAGAGAGAGACGGAGAUGGAAUCCGACGUUCCUCUCAUUGAAAUCACUGAAGAAGACGAUUCGCUGCUUCAAUUGAUCCAGGACGAUAACGUUUCGAGCAGUAAUAGAAGCAAAAGCACCAGCGACGACGCCAUUUUCUUUUGCUCGCCUCUCCAACCCUGCAGAUCCAAGCCAGUGGUGGUGAAUGAGAAAACCCAAAAACCAAGCUCUCCGUCAUGUAGAGAUAGUAUAGAUAAAGAGAAUAAUGGUAGUAAUGCAAACAAAAUAGAAGAACAAAAACUCAGCCUCCAGCCGCAGCAAAUGAAGAGGAAGAAGGGGGGAGGAUACAAUUUGCGUAAAAGCCUAGCUUGGGAUCGAGCCUUCUUUACUGACGAAGGUGUAUUGAAUUCCGAAGAGUUAUCCCUGAUUAGUGGAAGUACAAAUUCUAAUGGGUUGCUGUCAGUUAUCCACGAAGACACAAAUAGCAUUGCUGAUUCAGAAGAUCUAGAGGUGAUUGAAGAAAAAUUAUUCAAGGUAUUGCCGGAAAGUCCUUCAAGUAAAGAUAGGACUGUUGGUGGCAGUUUUUUACCAAAGCGUGACUCAUCAGCUAAAGAUAAUGCUGCGCCAGGUUCUGCGGCCAAGCGGAAGGUGCUUUCAGCCCGUGAUAUCAAUAGAAGUGGCUCAAAACGCAGUGGUUGCCCUCGACCUUUGGCCUCCUCUUCUCUGAAAAGGCCUGCGAAUGUGAAUACAAUGAAAUCACCGAUUAAAGAACCAAGAAUUUCUACAUUACCGGUUCGAAAACCUGAUCCCUGUCUGCUGUCUAGGACUUCCAAGAAUGUGAUGGUUGGUGCAAAUGAUUUAAAGAGGAAUCAGGUUGCUCACCCUGCAGGGAAAUUGAACAACAACAAAACUGGGCCAAAUAAUGCAAAAGUUGCUCCUGGAAAAUCUUUAACUUCUAAAAGUUCUGUUCGGCAAGCCAGAAGAAAUGUGGCCAGCUUCGUGAAGGGUUCACCAACCAAAAUACCAUGUCCACCUUCUAUUGAAGCAAAUAAUGGCUUCGAGGUGAUCUCAAAACAGACACUUCCUUCUACUGGUCAUGCAUCAUAUGGCCAUGAUGACAGAUCCAAAAAAACUGCAGUUCCGCAGAUGAUCUCAAAACAAGCACUUCCUUCUACUGGUCAUGCAUCAUAUGGCCGUAAUGACAGAUCCCGGAAAACUGCAGCUCCAGAGGCGAUCUCAAAACAAGCACUUCCUUCUACCGGUCAUGCAACAUAUGGCUGUGAUGACAGAUCCAGAAAACCUGCAGUUCCUCUUCCUCAUACUGGUGUGAACUUGUCACGUACUCAGCUCCCAACAUCAAAGCCAUCAGGUUUACGGAUGCCAUCACCAUCACUGAGUUUCUUUCAUCAGCCAAAAGCUUCUUCUUUGCCUAGUCCUUUGAAGACAAGCUCUCAGCCAUGCAUUAUUCCUAAUUUGAGGCAAGUUGGUUCUGUAGAUCCAAUUCAUGAAUUGAGGCCGCCCUCUUCCCUUGGGAAAAAGCAAAAUGUGAUCAAUGAUCGGACAGUAAUUGGAAAUGUUAAUGUCCAAUGCUCAAGUUCAGGUUGCUCAGUUUCAUCUACAAUUAACUCUGCCACAAAGGACAAGGUGGAACCAUUCUCGCAAGUAACAAAUAUGCAGAAGGUGGAACUGAAGGUACAAUCUAGCUCAAGUAGUUAUGAUAUGACAGAGAAUCAGCCAAAGUUCAAUAGCAUUCCUGUUCAUGAAGACCAACAAUCUAUGGGAGAGGUAGAAUUUCAGAGGAACGAUGAUAAGUUUCUUUUACAGGGGGGAUCCUGUGAACAAUUGGUUAAAGAUGACAAUAGCGUGAAGGCUGCUUUUGAUAUGGAGAAACCCCAUGUUACACCCCGUCUUAGUUCUGCAGUGAAAUUUCCCUGUUUUUCUGGCGAAAAUGACAUAACUGUCCAUCAACUUCUUGAAGACAAAUCCCAUGACUUGCCACAAAAGAAUUGUGGUGUCCUUUUAAGGUCCAAAUAUGAAGAGGCAAGUUCUUCUGGUAGUGUCUUAAUAUCAUACGAUGAUCAGUCAAGCAGCGAUCAUAAUGUCAAUGAACUGCAUGGGGCAGAAGCUGAUCUGUUUAAACCUAUGACCAGUGAAGGCAGCCAAAUUUCUGAUGAGGAUCAAAUGAUCUGGGAAAACACGGGUAGUUUCACCAAGGAAUGUCAAGUUUCUGAAGAUAUCCAGAGCUAUAGUUCUGUGAAGGUUGCAGGUGUCAGUCCAAAGGUCCAAAAUUCUAGUGCAUCUGAAUUGAAAAGGUCUGAUCCUUUGUCUGACUCUAGAUUUAAAAACCAAGCAAAAGAUGAUGGUAGUAGAUUUAACUCAAAGACUAGGAACCCACAUGUGGAAGAUGCACAAAUGCUGGCUUUAGGUGGAAGGAUGAUAGAUGAAAUGAAUGAUGUUGACCUCAGCACAUCAGCUCCAGAAAAUUGUCAACUGGUGAUAACUGAUUGUGGAAAUGAAAAACCUGAACAGCUAGACCUUCCAAAUUCCUGCUAUGUUGGAGAACAGGUUUUCCAGGAAAAUAAAUUGCACUUAAAUGAUUGUGUGUUGGAUGGAUUCAGUAUUUUCCCUGAAGAAUCCCAGCAGAAAAAUGUUCUUCAAUGUGUUGAUUCAAAAGAACCAGAAGGAACUGGUGCCUGCAGAAGUGAAUCAGAAUUUUCCAGAACCCUUUCUCUAAUUGGAAAUAUUAAUGUCCAAUGCUCAAGUUCAUGUUGCUCAGUUUCAUCUACAAUUAACUCUGCCACAAAGGACAAGGUGGAACCAUUCUCACAAGUCACAGAUAUGCAGAAGGUGGAACUGAAGGUACAACCUAGCUCAAAUAGUUAUGAUAUGACAGAGAAUCAGCAAAAGUUCAAUAGCAUUCCUGUUCAUGAAGAACAACAAUCUAUGGGAGAGGUAGAAUUUCAGAGGAAUGUUGAUAAAUCUCUUUUACAAGGGGGAUCCUGUGAACAAUUGGAUAAAGAUGACAAUAGAGUGAAGGAUGCUUUUGUACUUACUCCAAAAAGUAAAGAUAUGGAUAAACCCCAUGUUACACCCCAUCUUAGUUCUGCAGUGAAAUUUCCCUGUUUUUCUGGCGAAAAUAAAAUAACUAUCCAUCAACUUCUUGAAGACAAACCCCAUGACUUGCCACAAAAGAAUUGUGGUGUCCUUUUAAAGUCCAAAUCUGAAGAGGCAAGUUCUUCUGGUGGUAUCUUGAUAGCAUACGAUGAUCAGUCAAGCAGGGAUCAUAAUGUCAAUGAACUGCAUGGGGCAGAAGCUGAGCUGUUUAAACCUAUGACCUGUGAAGGCAACCAAAUUUCUGAUGAGGAUCAUAUGAUAUGGGAAAACACGUGUAGUUUCACCAAGGAAUGUCAAGUUUCUGAAGAGAUCCAGAGCUACAGUUCUGUGAAGGUUGCAGAUGUCAGUCCAAAGGUCCAAAAUUCUAGUGCAUCUGAAUUGAAAAGGUCUGAUGCUCUGUCUGACCCACAUGUGGAAGAUGCACAAAUGCUGGCUUUAGGGGGAAGGUUUAUGGAUGAAAUGAAUGAUGCUGACCUGAGCACUUCAUUUCCAGAAAAUUGUGGAAGGUUAAUAGAUGAAAUGAUUGAUGUUGACCUGAGCACUUCAGCUCCAGAAAAUUGUCAACUGGCGAGAACAGAUUGUGGAGAUGAAAAACCUGAACGGCCAGACCUUCCAAAUUCCUGCUAUGUUGGAGAACAGGUUUCCCAGGAAAAUAAAUUGCACUUAAAUGAUUGUGAGUUGGAUGGAUUCAGUAUUUUCCCAGAAGAAUCCCAACAGAAAUUUUUUCUUCAAUUUGUUGAUUCAAAAGGACCAGAAGGAACUGGUACCUGCAGAAAUGAAUCAGAAGUUUCCAGAACCGUUUCUCUAAUACCACAUGGUAUGCUAGAUUUCAGUUCUAAUGUUGCAGAAAUAGUGGAGUCCCAGAAUGUGGAUAAUACUGCAUCAGUAUCUGAAAACAAUGAAACAGUGGUUGAGAGUUACAACCUGGACUCACAGUCAAUGAGUGACUUUCAGCUUCAUUGUCAAGACUGUUCUUUGAAAUUGGAUAGUGUGGGUGAUUUCACGUCCAAGCUAAAUGUGAAAGUGCAAGUUGAGGGUAGAUCUGCGGUAAAAGACAUAAUUGAGCCCAAGGAUUUUGGAACCAAAGAUUGCAACUUACCUGUUGAAAGUUGCUAUGGUGUCCCUCAGUUACAGACUGAAGAUGACAAAAGCUAUUGCCAGCAAGAUACUUCAGUAGAGCAGAGUGAUAAGAUCAAUCUCAGUUCAGAUAUUGGUGUCAUACGAGAGUACCAGGACAUUAAUCCAGGAUCUUGUUUGAAUGGAACCUUGCUUGCAAACAGCGCUUCCUGCAAGGUAUUUGAGGAAACUGUUCAUGAGGUUGGUUUAGAUGACUCUGAUGCUUGUGGAAUUGAAUCAAAGAAUUCAAAAGUAGCAGCAGCAAUGCAUGAUGGCAGACCUGAUUUGGAGGAAAAGGCUGACUACUUACAAAUGGAAGUUGCAGUGACCAGCUCUUUCAAGAUUGAACCAUCAUCAGAAAAUCUUAAAAGUUGUACGAAGUCCAGUCAUGACAAUAAGCUAAGCAAUCAAGCUGGUCCUGUGGAGUCUGAUGUAUCUGCAAAAACAACCAAUGAAGAAAACUCUGUGUCAACUUUGGCAUAUAGUUCCUGCGAAGGGGAGUUAUGCUCAUCUGUCAUCUCUGAUCCGAGAUCAUCAAGUGGAAGAAUUCUGCAGGAAAUUGAAGUUAAUGUAUUGAGCAGAAAAACUUUGGCAGAGGAAUCUGAAAUUAAUAUCUUAGAAGAGAAUCAUACUCUUAGCAGUGAACUGCAGCAUGAGUUAGAAGAUACCUUGCACCCCACAGAAGAUAAUGAGGCAACAAAAGAGAUUAAGAAGUCUGGAAGUGAUAGGAAACAAGAUGCCCCUGUAAUAAAGCUUCCAUCGGAUGCUGUUCCAUUCUCGGAUGAAUGGUUAGCUGCACUUGAAGCAGCCGGAGAGGAAAUUUUGACAAAGAAAAGUGGUGCUGUACAAAAUUCACCCCCGAACAAAUCUGAACCUCAAAUAGGUCCAUGGUCACCGGUGAAACGAAAAACUAAUCAAGUAAUCGGACCAUUUGAUUGUACAAAACAUACCAACAACGUCCCUCCUAGUUCUCAAUGACCUAAUUAAGAGGAGUCUGCCUAAUCACUAACUGUGUGACACCAUUCUUCUUUCCUCCUCCUUUUCUUCUACUUUUACAGACAAUUGUCACAUUAUCUUGCUAUGAAACAUACAAAAAAAAUCAAGCAAUUCUUAUUAUUAUUAUUUUCGCUUCUUUUUUACCA